CGCCACAGCAGAUCUCGCGGUAGGUGUGUGUGUUGGUUCGGUGCUCGGCGUACCAUUUGCUGCGGUCGUGCGUGCGGUCACACGGGUUCACGCGUCCGCUUUUGUCGUUGCAUUUCCGUCGGCUUUUUUUUUGGUGACUGGUGCGUUGCUGGUGGUUUAUUGGGUGGCGGCGACGGGACACGCGUAUUAAGCUCUAUUAUGGAUCAGUCAACCCAAGUCAAUUUCCCCAUCGUCACAAAGAACCAGUACAGGAAAAUGAAGAGGCACAACACCUCAGCAGAUUUGUAUGGAAACCAUCCCAGGAACAUUUCGUUCUCAACUUCACUGAACCACAUAAAGUCGAUGCCCUAUCCACCGCAACGGCCCAAAUCCUUAAACAUGUCCAUGGACAACGUGAACAAAACAAAAGUGAUAUUCACAUCAGAGUCCCCAAUAUUGAGAUUAUCAGCCCCAAGUGAGCUUCACCUUGGUUCCAUAUCCAGAGAAAGGACGCCACCCUUCUCCUGCAACUCCAGCAUCAUCUCGAAUGGAGGCUUCAAACCCCCACCUUACGUCCCACCGAAGCUGAAGCACAUGACCCAGGACGACGAGAGCACAGCAUCCGGUUCCAAGUGCUGUUGCAGGUGUGACAUGGAGACGGGCCACUACAAGCGCAGCGCCUCCAACAUGUCCACCUCCAACACACCCGAAGGACUGUCGUGGAGGAGGCUGCACAUGUCCAGGGCGAAGCUGAAGGCCACAGCCACCACGUCCGAGCUUCUAUCGGGCUUCGCCAUGAUCGCCAUGGUUGAGCUGCAAAUAAACGAGCCCACCAGCGUGCCAGAAUGGCUGUUCGUGAUGUUCGCCGUCUGCACCACGGUCCUGGUGGCGGUUCACAUAUUCGCCCUGAUGAUAUCCACCUACAUCCUCCCCAACAUCGAGGCGAUAGCCAAGCUGGAGAUAUGCGAGAUGGUGGACGAGAGCCCCCAUGAAAGGAUGCGUGGCUUCAUCGAAUUGGCUUGGGCUUUCUCUACAGUUUUAGGUUUGUUCCUGUUUCUGAUAGAGGUGGCCAUUUUGUGUUGGGUGAAGUUCUGGGAUUAUUCGUUCACCGCAGCUAUUGCAGCUACUGUUAUAGUCAUACCUGUGCUUAUUACCUUCGUCCUUUUCGCCGUCCACUUCUACCACUCAUUGGUGGUUUACAAAUGUGAUAGUUCCAUAAGCGACAUGGAGAAGCUGGAGGAUAUGAAGAAGCAGCUUGAUGAAGUGUCGAAUCCUGUUUGAAAUUGGUGCUCAAACGAUUUAUAUGUAGAUGUUAGGAUAGAAUCAUAGAGAAGCAACAAAGAUAGAGGCUGUAUUAACAUAAAUAACAGACUCGUCAAGAAUAUGUCAAACUGCUUUUGUUGACUAUUGUUGAUUGGUGCAAUGUUAUUGAAUUUGUAUUUUGUAGAGUUAAUCCGAAUUUUUGUGCAAUUUAUUGUUGUGCAACUGUGAGAAUUCCUUCUUUGGGGGGAGUAAUUGUGAUACUUAAAAUUAUAAGUUUUAUUUAUAUGAAAGUAUUGUAGAUAAGUACUGUUGUAAUGCAAAAUUUAUUAAUAAAUAUUAAUAAAAUGUUGUUCUCCUUAA